GUUGGACAUGCCCAGUCAUGCUGAGCCAGGUAGGAGGGGCCACAUAGCAGAAAAAUUCAGCAGAAUGCUGGGGAUAGGCUACAAAAAUACACAUCCUGCUUUUGAGGGACAACACAGUAAAGGUUAGACCACGGCUCCAUCCCAAGUAUCUAGGUGCUUGGAAAUGUUCUACGGAGCCUGUGUCUUAAGGGGUAAUGGGCAACUGGCAGCCUUGUGAACUGAGGGUCACGCUAAGCAACCACCUGGACCCCAGCAACUACCACCAGUCUUUUUCCCUUUGACUCCUGUCUGCGCCCAUCCCCCCAGCUGCUGGCAUAUUUAACUGGCCUCUAGAGGAGAGAGAGCCUGGCUGAGACUCAGGUCCCAGCUCCUAGCAGCCUCCCAGUAGGCUGAUUUGUCAGUGAACCCCAAGUCUGUACUAGGGCGUUCUAGUCUCGACUGCCCCCUAACCCCGUGCAGCACGUUCCCUGCUUGGGUUGGCUGCUGGUCUGAGCAACCCUUUCUACUCUUAGGAGUGAAGCCCGUGGGCACCUGGCCAAGGCUGUAGAGAAGCCUGCAGCGCGGCUUCAAGAACAUAGGGAAGAAGGGGAGCAUGCAGCAGCCCAGUGGACCCUCAGACCCUGGUCCCCAGGGAUCCAAAAGGACAGACAGCCCCAGGGCUGGAGGGGGGUUGUGUGAGGUCUUGAGUAGUGGGGUCAGUGUCCAAGCACGGACAGGCAGAGCCCGGAGGAGCGGCCUCGAAUCUCUUUAAUGCCGACCACGUCUCUAGAUGCCAAGAGUCGACUAGGACCUUAGUCCCGCCCCGGAGCACAAGACCCGCGCCACUUCCGCCCAGGAAACUGGUUGGCGCCCGCAGUGCGUGAUGACGCACUUCCUCCCCAUGACGAACCCGGCUCAGGCGGCUUCCGACAGGUGGUUCUGGAGGCCUCAACCCUUUGCGAUUGGCAGUUAGUCCCGGAGUAUUAUGGGAAUCGAGGCCCUUUGACCCCGCCUCUUCCUCUUUCGUCAUUCCGGGUAGAUUUCCGUGUCCGCUCCGGUCUUCCGUGAUAGCGCAUACGUAAAGCUACACCUCCCGGCAGGCAUUAGGCAUUGGCCCAUUGCCUUCUGGGAGUUGUAGUUUCUUGGGCGUUAAAGUCGCGACAUUCAGCCGGCCGGAGACUCGGUUUCCCAGAAAGCCCAGCAAGAGUGGGCGGGAACCACGGCCUGAAUCCCGCGGAACCGGCGGUACUCUGCGGGAAAAGCCGCUGGGUUUUGCAGCGUGCACGGAAGCUGGAACAGUGAGCGCCGGCCUCCUUAGGACCGCUCAACUACCAGUUCCCUGACAGCCCUCCCUCCGGACCCGGGUGGCGCCUGCGGUAGUGGUGUGUACCCGGAGAGGCUGCGUUCUGCUGAGAGCCGGUGAUGGGACGAGGGGCUGGUCGAGACCCUCUGUCUCCAGCGUCUCCUAGCGCGCAUCCUGUAUAUGUCCACACUAUUCUGAUCUCAUGGUUUGACUCUCUCCUUAACCCUAUCUAGCCUGAAGCUCCACAUCUGUGCGCGCGAGGACGCACUUUAGCCACCCAGCUUCGCGAGGCCUCCGCCCGCCUGCGUGACCAGCCGGCGCCCGGCUGUGAGCAGAGGCGCCUGGCACAUAGUGGAGGUGGAGAGGGUUCCAGGUCGGCAUGGCGGAGGCGGAGGCUGGCUUGGAGGCUGAGGUACCCACCGAGGAUGACACCCUGCCUUCUGACACCGUCUCCCUAAGCGACUCGGACUCGGACCUCAGCUUACCUAGUGGUGCGGAGGUGCAAGCGUUGUCCCCGGAGAGGCUUUCAGGGGAAGCUCAGGAGGACUCCGACCCUGAAGACCCACCUUCGCCCCCCACUGGCAUCUCCACCCCCGCAGCCCAGCCGUUCCUCCUCCGAGGCAUGAGCUCCACCUUCUCUCAGCGCAGCCACAGCAUCUUUGACUGUCUGGAGAGUGCAGCCCGGCAGGUACCGCCCUCUGCGCCCCAAACCAGUGUGACUGACAAUGGCAGCUUCAAACGGCCCGUGGCUCCCCCAAGUCAGACUCCUGCAAGGAACCUGAGCAGAGUGCAUGAGAGCACUGGCCCAACCAGGGUACCUCCUGUGCCUGAUUAUGUGUCCCAUCCUGAGCGUUGGACCAAGUACAGUCUGGAAGAUGUGGCUGAAGGCAGCGAGCAGAGCAACCGUGCUGCUGCUCUGGCCUUCCUGGGCUCUCGAAGCCAGGCAUCCCCCACAGACUAUGUACCCUCCUUCAACCAGGACCCCUCUAGCUGUGGGAAGGGGAGAGUGGUCUUUACCAAACCAGUCCGAGGUAGUGAGGCCAGGGCUGAGAGGAAGAGGGUCCUCAAGAAGGGGAAUGUGUCAAGUACUGGGAGUGAGGCCUCUGUGGAGCUGGCUCAUCUGGCCGGGCCUGAGGCUGAGGAGUGGAGUGGCCACCAGGGACUGCAGGAGGUAGUGAUACCUUCAGUAGCUGACUAUCCUGGGUCCUCAUCAGACCCAGCAGGGGUGGAGGUUGUUGGUUUCCAUGGUAGCAAGAAGCGGAGCCGAGAACACUUCCGGAACAGGGACAGUAACCCCGAGGGGCCAGGGUCGGAGAGAGGCCCCUCAGUUUGACUGUGGUGCUAUCACUCCACCUCCUCACCUGCCUAGGUGGGAAGCCGUGGGCUGUUUGUAGGAGGGGUGUGUGUGCAGCAGCUCUGGCUGGGACUGUGGGGAUUGUGGGACCUUGGAGGCCCUUGUGCCCCAGUGUCUUGGGGUGAACAAUAAAGGUUUGGGGUAUUUCUUGGA